AUGACCUCGGACAUCCGGAACAUUUCCGCAUGGCGCUUGAACAAGGCUGAACUGAAAGAGCUCGCCGAGAGGACUGAGAAAGGAGAAGACCAAGCAACCGUGAAAAGGGAACUUCAAACAAAGAAGGCCGUGUUGUGCGAAGAACGUAAGCAGGCGGCCUUGGCGAUUGCAGCCAAGCCUGGACCUACGGGUCCCAGCGCGAAGGCAAGUAAAAAAAAGACGCCGACAAUGGCAAGUGAGUCAGCCACGGCUGCUGCGAUCCGGCACACAGACCCAACGAACGCAGCGUACUACGCUCUGGUGGAAUCGGACCUUGACACCAUUUUGAAGGAGUGGCCAGGCAUUGACAAGGAAAUGCCACUCGCACUGUCCAAGUCCGAGUCAGAUGGAUCCAAGACUGGGGUUCAAGAACCCUUUGACCUGGCCAAAGCUCAGAAUGCCCUUGGGCUUCAUGGAGUGUAUCGCUGCAGCAUCAGUCUGUUCUGGGUUCAGAUCUUGGCUUCGCCCACCCCAGGCGUUCCAAUGAGCCGUCGGAGAGUUGAAGACAUGGCAGAGUUUUACUUCCCUGGCGGCAAACCAAGUUUCCUGACGGGCCGCAUGGUAGAGCUUCUGACCGACAAGGCGUCUUUGAGCGACAAGCCCCAGAGUUGCCAGAUGCUGUCGCCAGAAGAGAUUGUGCAUUCGCUGGUGGCUUCCUGUGCUGCCGCAGUUCGGCGCAAGGACGAGCUCUCGGAGGAUCAGUGGACUGAGUGGAAAGCACAGUGGCGGGCAGUGUUGCUGAGCGUGCCGGCUUCCUUUGUCGAGAUCAAGGACCCUCUGCAUGGCCACAAUGUGUGGGUGCAGGCCUUCAACCGGAGACAAUCGGUGAAGCAAGAGCAUGAGUCCAUGAGCAGGACGGCAAUGCAGAUUGCCGUGGAAAUAGACCAGUUCAAGACUAUGUGCGAGAGCUUGCCCACCUGUAAGACAAAAUUGCAGCCACCGCAACUGGUACAGGAGCUGCUUGGACUUGGCCUCCAGCCUGUGCAGGGAGGCAGAAAAGAGGACGACAGCGAUGGCAAAAUCACCGUCAACUUGGUGACACAAGCUCUGGCCGUCAAGAAAGGCAUUCUUUCCUCUUCGCGGGCAGUUGAGCUACUGCUGGAGCUGGAAGCGUCCUACGGGACACGUUCCCCCUUCCACGCUAUGAGUCGGCUUCACAUUCUGUCCACCAAGCCGAGCACAACUCAGAUGCGCGACUGGGUGUUAGAGAGCGCGCGGGAUGGGCUUGCCUACGAUCUCUUGCAGAUCGGAGAGAUUUCCAAGGGCAGUCUGAGCGGAGACAAGCAUCACACCGGGCUCGUCCUGGACCACUUCUUCGAUGUCCUUUUGCCGAAAAGCGGUAUGGCAGAGGCUGACAGGUUCUUGCUGAAGGAGAAGCUGUCGACCCACGAGAUUUACCGUCAACAUAGUGGCUCCGACGGAGAUUGCAGCUGGAUGGCACGACUUAAGAAAAGCGCCAUCGAAUGCUUUCACUUGUUGGAGGACUUGACCUACAACAGAAAGUAUGACCACACCCUGCGGCAAGGUGCGAAAUCUGGAGGGACUUUAGAGGCUGUGAUGGAGCACGAUCAGGUGAAAGAACAGGUGGAAAGGGUCCUGGCCAUGUUGAAGGACGAAAGCAUUGGCUGA